AUGAGUAACCGCCAUCUGCCGGCUGGGCAGAGCAUACAGGCCACAGCCGGAGGCAUGAGCGGCGGCAUGGAUAUGAAUGGAAACAUGGGGGGGCCUCGGCGGAGACAGCAGCAGUAUAUGGCCCCGUAUCACCAGCAUCAGCUCCAGAACCAACACCCGCAGCACAUGAAUCACAUGUAUUCCAACUAUGCGCCGUAUGCUGCCCAGCAGUACUACGGCAUGCCGCCGCAUCAGUAUCAGACCGGGGGAGUUCCGGCUCCCGGAUACAUGGCGUAUCCGAACUACAACAGGUCCCCGCCGCCCAUGCAGCAGUUUGCCCCUAUGGUAGGAGUCAGCAUCCCGCCGAGCUACCCUCGAGCGUCUCCUAAUCCGAUGACGCCGUACCAGCCUCCGCUUGCUCCCGCUCCUGGCUUGCCCCAUACUCCGUCUUCGACACACUCGUCACAGCUGCUCCCACCGCACACGCCCACGACUCCUCAGACGCCUCCCGUCGUUCAGCAAGCCCCCGUGCCGGUGCCUGUUCAGGAGACUGCUCCUGCUCCUGCUCCUGCCGCCCCCCCUGUUGUUGCCCCUGUUGUCGAGUCACGCGAGCCUUUCCGUCCACCGCUUCCCUGGCUGUCACGCCCCGACGUCGAGUUUCCUGUGAGGACUCCCCGAUCAAAACGACAGAGAAAGAUUUUGGGUGCAGACGACAAGGCAGUAUCGCUACCCGCAGGUCAGUAUGAUGUCACCGUGGAACAACAAGUCAACCAGCAACCUGCAACUUCUGCUCAAAGCGAACUUGGCACGCAAUCUCAGAAGCAAGAGGGAGAAUCUACGUCUGUCUCUGGCCACGUAGAAGUCCCCAAAUCAUCAGGGGAGGAAAAGGUGACCAAGGCUUCCGCUACGACUGAUGCAUCUAUUACGCGUCCGGCUGCACCCGCUGUCCCUGUGGUCCCUGUACUGCCGAAGCAUGGCCCUAAGCCAUCUGCUUCUGAUGUGUCUGUGACGGCAGAGCAGGAAAAGGUCAAUGGAGAAGUUGCAAAGUCCGAGGACCAAGACGCCGUAACUGCUGCCUCUGGCGAGAUUCAAACCAAUGGCACAAGCAACCCUCCUAGCCCCGUGGCUAGGGCUCCGCCUACUAGCUGGGCAAAUCUCUUUGCCAAGCCGACGGCACGAACCCCGACCAAUGGCUCAGGAUUGAAUGGCUCGGCUGGUGGAGAUGCCGUGAACGGUGAUUCGACAGACGCCGCAAACAACUUUCCUGGAUCAGCCUUUUCCAAAUCAAACGCCAGCUCUCUUGCUCAGGCAAUUCAGUCAUACCAAGUCGAAAACAAUGAUAAGAUUGAUUUCCUUGAGCCGCGCGGACUCAUCAACACUGGUAAUAUGUGUUACAUGAACUCUGUAAUCGGCAAGAAGGCCGCUCACAGUUUCAAGAGCGAGACUCCUUUGAUUGAUGCCUUAAUCAUGUUCAUGAGGGAGUACAACGUGCUCAAAUCGUCCGCAUCGGUUGAUCAGCUUAAUCGAGCUUUGAAGAGUGAAGAUCUCGAACGUUAUGGCGAGCCCUUUACCCCUGAGUUCGUCUAUGACGCUAUCAGGCAGCUUUCUCGAUUUGCUAGCAUGCGACGUGGCCAUCAACAGGAUGCAGAGGAGUUCUUGGGCUUCCUUCUUCAGUCACUUGACGAUGAGUGUACCCACGUUAUGAAGGAUUUGCCAGUCGGACACGAGGAAGUGCCUUCUUCUGACGCCUCUACCGGCGGAUCUGUUGCGGCUUCCGAUGAUUGGCUUGAGGUCGGCCGCAAGCAACGCGCUGCCGUCUCUCGCUUAUCCGGCCAUAAUACGUCAACCCCCAUCACCAAGAUUUUUGGCGGCCUCCUGAGAUCCGAGUUUCGCGUGCCAGGGUUGAAGGACUCCAUCACGACCGAACGCUACCAACCUCUCCAGCUAGAUAUUGGAUCUCCUGAUGUCAGAAACGUCGUCGAUGCCCUACGCGGGCUGACUCGCCCGGAGCGUCUUCAAGGAGACUUCAACUCUCCUCGUGGCAAGGAUGUCACGGCCACGAAACAAGUCUUUAUUGAAACCCUACCACCUGUCUUGAUCCUCCACCUCAAACGGUUCCAGUUCGACGCUGAAGGCCAUGGAACUGUCAAGAUCUGGAAGAAGAUUGGAUAUCCCUUGGAGCUUGAAAUUCCCCGCGAAGCUUUGUCGAGACAGAAACGCCAAAACCUAGACGAUGCUUCAAUGCCUAGGUAUAAGCUCAUUAGUGUGGUCUAUCACCAUGGAAAGAAUGCUAGCGGUGGUCACUACACAGUGGAUGUGAGGCGACAAGAUGGUCGCGAGUGGAUUCGGCUGGACGAUACCGUCAUUCGACGCAUACGGCCCGAAGACGUAGCCGAAACUGGGUCCGACGACGAUGCCAAGGAGAUACGCAAGGAUACCACAUCAAAUGUCACUAGCAACCGAUUCGGAGCCAUGAACGAUGAAGACACUGGCGAUGAAGACGGCUGGAAGCAAGUCACUGCGCCAACUAAUGGUGGCAAGCGAUGGAGCAGUGUUGUCAAUGGUGGCGCUAAUGGAGCUGUCAAGGAGAAGCAAGUCAAGGACAGCAUCAAAGAUAACAAGGUCGCAUAUCUCUUGUUUUAUCAGCGUAUAUAA